AUGUUUUUAUAUAUAUAUAUAUGGGACUCCUCUCCAGCUAGCCUUCCGGAAAAACAAAGUGAUUUAUCUCCAUUGAAGUAUUUGGUCAUGCUGCUGAAAAUGAUAAUGAUGGUUAAUUUACUAAGUAUGUUUAUAUUGGCUGCGGGUUUCCCAUAUGGAGUCGUCGAUGGUCUUCGGAUGGACUAUUACCUCAUGAGCUGCCCGUUUGCUGAACAGAUAGUGAAGAACACUGUGAACGGUGCUUUGGAUAAUGAUCCGGCACUGGCUGCUGCUCUUGUUAGGAUGCACUUCCAUGACUGUUUUAUUGAGGGGUGUGAUGCGUCCAUUCUGAUCGAUUCGACCAAGGACAACACGGCCGAGAAAGACUCCCCCGGGAACUUGAGCUUGCGAGGCUACGAAGUUAUUGAUGAUGCAAAGGACCAGCUUGAAGAGCAAUGCCCUGGCAUUGUCUCGUGUGCUGAUAUUGUUGCCAUGGCUGCUAGAGACGCCAUUUUCUGGGCAGGGGGGCCAGUGUAUGAUAUACCAAAAGGAAGAAAAGAUGGAAGGAGGUCAAAGAUUGAAGAUACAAUCAACCUGCCUUUCCCCACCUUCAACACCUCUGAGCUCAUCACCGCCUUCGGCAAGCGAGGUUUCACUGCUCAGGAAAUGGUUGCUUUAUCUGGGGCACAUACUCUAGGAGUGGCAAGGUGCGCAUCAUUCAAAGGCAGAUUGAGCAGUGCAGAUCCUACUUUGGAUUCAGAUUUCGCCAAGACAUUGUCCAAGAAAUGCGGCGGCGGCGACAACGCUGAGCAACCAUUCGACGCUACGCCGAGAAUUUUCGACAACUUCUACUUCAAUGCACUGAUGAGGAAAAGCGGGCUUCUCUUCUCCGAUCAAACACUGUACACGACACCAAGAACUAGAGGCGUUGUGAAUGGCUAUGCCAUGAACCAGGCUAUGUUUUUCUUCGAUUUCCGAAAGGCAAUGAUAAAAAUGGGCACGGUUGAUGUCAAGGAAGGAUCUAAGGGUGAAGUUCGUCAAGAUUGCCGCAAGAUCAACUGAAGUUUGUUAUUGUGGAAUAUACAAUUUGAUUCUUUGUAGUCUAAAUUGUAUCAAGUACAAAUUCUGGGAUUUCUGUAUUUAUGGUUACAUAAAAACUAAAUAAUAGCACGCCC